UGAACACUCAGUUUCCAGAUCUUUAAAUAGAUGUUUCUCAGUAAAAUACAGACUGUUCACACAAUAGAGUUUGUACUGUUGUGUAGAGAUGAUGCUCAUACUGUCAUAUUUGUCAUUUGUAGGAUUGCAGAAGUCACUAUGUUGAGGUCUUUCAGAGCAUCUCUUCCUCUGAUCUUAGUGAUCAUGACUGCCGGGUCUGAUGGUCAGCUGGAUUGGGGAGUGAAUUACAGCCCUUCAUAUGUUUGUGCAUUAAAGGGAUCAACAGUGGAAAUAUCCUGUACUGUAAAAUAUCCUUCUAAUCAUAAGCUCACAAGAGUCUUCUGGACCAAAAAUACUGAUGGAGAACCACCAAAUCUGUGUUUUGACCCUGAUAAAAUAAAACGAGUUCGGCGUGUCAGAGAUUAUAAAGACAAUAAAGACAUUUCCAGAAUCACUUUGACUGCAGUAACAGAAGCUGAUAAACACAUCUACUACUGCAGAUUCACUACAAAUUUUGAGACUGGAAAAUGGACGGGGAUUCCUGGAGUUCAGCUGGACGUCACAGAUUCAAACCUCAUCGUCACGGUCAACUUCGAUCUGCAUCUCAAGUCUGUCAAAAUACAUUUCGAACUACCGGACAAACUUGUAACAGUGGGAAAGCGUCCACAUGCAGACCUGCAGGUGGAGACAAAACAAAGUGUAAAAGCAGGAGAUCCAGUCACUCUGAGCUGUAAAAGCAGCUGCUCUCUGCCUAAAGGAUCUACAUUCCUCUGGUACAGAAACACAGAGAGAUUAACUGGAGAAACACUGAAUAAUCAGCUUCAUCUGCAGUCAGUCAGUCACUCUGAUGCUGGAUAUUAUCAGUGUGCUGUAGGAGGAAAUGAACAUCUGAUCUCUCCUGCUGUUUAUGUCAAAGUAGGAGGGGUGGAUGGUCUGCAGGAAUCAGGAGUGAAUUACAGCCCUUCAUAUGUUUGUGCAUUAAAGGGAUCAACAGUGAAAAUAUCCUGUACAACAUAUGCUGGUUAUAAGCUCAUACAAUCUUUCUCAAUCAAACCUGCUGUAACUACUGAAGAACCACCAGACCUGUGUUCAGUUCCUGAUAAAACAGGAAGAGUUCAGUGUGUCAGAGCAGAUAAAGACACUUUCAGCAUCACUUUGAGUGCAGUAACAGAAGCUGAUAAACACAUCUACUACUGCAGAUACACAGAUACACUGAAUAAAAGAUGGACUGUGAUUCCUGGAGCUCGUCUUGAUGUCACAGACCUGCAGGUGGAGACACAGCAGAUUGUUGUAGAGGGAGAUUCAGUGACUCUGAGCUGUAAAAGCAGCUGCUCUCUGCCUGAAGGAACUGCAUUCAUCUGGUACAGAAACACAGAGAGAUUAACUAGAGAAACACUGAAUAAUCAGCUUCACCUACAGUCAGUCAAUCGCUCUGAUGCUGGAGACUAUAGAUGUGCUGCAGGAGGAAAUGAACAUCUGAAAUCUCCACCUGUUCAUCUCAAAGUUGGAUUGAUUAAUAGUCAGCAGGAUUGGGGAGUGAAAUACAGCUCUUCAUCUGUUUGUGCAUUAAAAGGAUCAACAGUGACAAUGUCUUGUACAUCAACACGUGCUGGUUAUUAUGAGCUUAAACCAGCCUUCUGGACCAAAACUAUUGUAACUGAUGAAGAAACACAAAGCCUGUGUUCAGACCCUGAUACAACAAGAAGAGCUCAGUGUGUCAGUGAAAAUAAAGACACUUCCAACAUCACUUUGACUGCAGUAACAGACGCUGAUAAACACAAAUAUUACUGCAGAUUUACAGAUAAAUGGAAUAAAAGAUGGACUGUGGUUCCUGGAGUUUGGCUUGAUGUCACAGACCUGCAGGUGGAGACACAGCAGACUGUUGUAGAGGGUAAAACAGUGACUCUGAGCUGUAAAAGCAGCUGCUCUCUGCCUAAAGAAACUAAAUUCAUCUGGUACAGAAACACAGAGAGAUUAACUGGAGAAACAUGGAAUAAUCAGCUUCAUCUGCAGUCAGUCAGUCACUCUGAUGCUGGAGACUAUAGAUGUGCUGCAAGAGGAAAUGAACAUCUGAAAUCUCCACCUGUUCAUCUCAGUGUUGAAUAUCCUCCGAAGAGCGUCUCAGUUUCCAUCAGUGGAUCUGCUGUAAUAGUGUCUGGAGAUUCAGUGACUCUGAGCUGCAGCAGCGACUCAAACCCUCCUGCUGUGGACUUCCGGUGGUUUAAAGUGAAUCAAAGCUCAGCUGUUGGAUCUGGACAGAGUUUCAGCAUCUCCAGCUUUAACUCCAAUCAUAGUGGACGAUACUACUGUGAGGCUGAGAAUAAAUACGGCUCUCAGAGAUCAGAGUCUGUUUCAGUCACUGAAGGGGUUCAGAGAUCUGCUCUGCACACACUUACUGGGGUUGUGGUGGGAUGUGGAGGAUUGAUCUUCAUCAUCAUCAUCAUCAUCAUUAUUGUGUUCAUAUGUGUGAAGAGGAGGAGAGCAACUGGAAGUGAAGAUGUGAAGCAAAAGCAGAGCGCUGACUCGACUGAUGAUACGUACACAGCUCUGGAUCCAGCGUCCAGAAGAUCUGCUGACGUUUACAGCACAAUCCCAUCUGUCGGCUCCAGAGCUCCUGAUGAUGAGACCUACACGGCUCUUGAGCUUCAGUCCAGAUCUUCUGAAUAUGAGACUCUACAUGUAGCAGGAGCUUCAGCAGAUCCACAUUAAACUCUCCUCGCUGUAUUACUGCUCAUAUACAGGCAAAUACUGAAGCUCCUCAGAAACUGAUCAUCAUUAGAGCUCAUCAACAUCUGACUGCUCAUAAACACAUAUUAGACUUUAUUCACACAGUAGGAUUCUUCUGCAUAUGCAAACACAGUUUAGGAUAAAAACAGCAAUUCAGAUAUUCAGGCUAGCAAUUUCAGUAUUGUUCUGAUUAUUUAUAAUUAUUGUCUGCUUUACUUGUGAAUUUAAAGAUUUAAUUUAGGCUUUCUAAGCAUUUUAACCGCUAAGCAGUGUUUUCUUCUUAAUGUAAUCUGUAACUUAAAAUUAAAGUGCUGUGAUGUCUAGAUUUUAUUUUGUACUUUAUAGCAUCACUUCUCAUAAGAAACAUUUCUCCAGUAUCUUCUGUGUAUUUAAUGAUCACAGUAACUGUAUUUUCAUGUGUGUUUUCAGAUUGCCCUCUAGUGGCCAGACUUUUAUCAGCUUUAUAAAAUCUGAUAAAAGGCCAGAU